AAUGCCCAGUUACAUUAAUCUCCAAAUCUUCCAAGUCUGUGACCAAAUUCUAAAAUUCUUGCACUACCCAUCUGGAAAAUGGCCACCAUUACAACCACCAAGUUGCCAACAUUCUUGGCCCCUGCAAGCUUCAAGAAAACAACCAGGAUUCACUCCACUCCUAUUCUUGGGUUGCCGGUAAUGGCAAGGACAGGGUGCAAGGUCAAGUGCAGCCUAGAGGAGAAGAAAGAGGCAAGAUCCAAGGGCAUAAGCACAAGCAUGGUUUUAUCGAUGAUGGCAGCAGCAUCAGCAAUGGCAACAAGCACAGCAGGGCCAGCAACGGCAUUGGUGGAUGAGAGAAUGAGCACAGAAGGGACUGGACUUCCCUUUGGUUUAAGCAACAACCUUCUAGUGUGGAUACUUCUUGGUGUGUUUGGUUUGAUUUGGGCUUUCUACAGUGUCUACACUUCAACUCUUGAAGAAGAUGAUGAUUCUGCUUUGUCCCUCUAAGAAAGCAAGGGCUUCUCUUCCACUGUAACAAAUGUAUAAAAUGGCUUGGAAAUUGAAGGGGGGAACAUGGGUGUCUCUCUGUAUCAAUGCUUUAACGUUUUCCUUAAUAGCACAAUAAUAAUUAUUGUUAUUAUUA